GUCCUGGCUACGCGCUCUUCCGUCACUUCCGGUGUUUGAGCACGUGUGUGACGCUCGGCAACAUGGCGGAGCAGCGAGAAGCGGCGGAGGAUACAAACACAAACACACCGACGGACAAGGAGACAAACACACAUCCACCGGCGGACACACAUACCGGGGAGACACACACUGAGGAGACUGAGACAACCGGGGAAACACACACUGAGGAGACUGAGACAACCGGGGAGACACACACGAGCUUUAAAGAGCUGGGUGUCACUGAGGUCCUCUGUGAGGCUUGUGAUCAGCUCGGAUGGAAGAAACCGACCAAGAUCCAGAUCGAGGCCAUUCCUGUAGCUCUGCAAGGGCGUGAUGUGAUCGGUCUGGCGGAGACGGGUUCGGGUAAGACGGGUGCGUUCGCAGUGCCAGUGCUGCAGAGUCUGCUGUUGUGUGCGCAGCGUCUACACACACUGGUGCUGACGCCCACGCGAGAGCUCGCCUUCCAGAUCGCAGAGCAGUUCGACGCACUUGGCUCCAGCAUCGGCGUCAAGACCGCGGUGGUCGUUGGAGGGAUUGACAUGAUGUCUCAGGCUCUGGUUCUGGCCAAGAAACCCCAUGUGGUCAUAGCGACUCCGGGCCGGCUGAUCGAUCACCUGGAGAACACUAAAGGCUUCAACCUGCGAGCGCUGAAAUACCUGGUGAUGGACGAGGCCGACCGCAUACUCAACAUGGACUUUGAGUCUGAGGUGGACAAGAUCCUGAAGGUGAUCCCACGUGACAGACGCACAUUCCUGUUCUCAGCCACCAUGACCAAGAAGGUGCAGAAGCUCCAGCGCGCCGCUCUGCAGGACCCAGUGAAAUGCUCCGUCUCCAGCAAAUACGCCACAGUGGACAAACUGCAGCAGUUCUACAUCUUCAUCCCCUCCAAAUAUAAGGACUGUUAUCUGGUCUCCAUCCUGAACGAGCUGGCGGGAAACUCCUUCAUGGUAUUCUGUGGCACCUGCAACAACACCCAGCGUGUGGCGCUGCUGCUGCGCAACCUGGGCAUCACCGCCAUCCCUCUGCACGGCCAGAUGAGUCAGAACAAACGUCUCGGUGCCCUCAACAAGUUCAAGUCAAAGUCCCGCUCGGUGCUGCUGGCGACAGAUGUGGCAUCACGAGGACUCGACAUCCCACACGUGGACUGCGUCAUCAACUUCGACAUUCCCACACACUCCAAGGAUUAUAUCCACCGUGUGGGCCGCACCGCCAGAGCAGGGAGGUCUGGGAAGUCCAUCACCUUCGUCACACAGUAUGAUGUGGAGCUCUUCCAGCGGAUUGAAGCGCUGAUUGGGAAGAAACUUCCAGCUUUCCCCACACAGGAAGAGGAAGUGAUGAUGCUGGUGGAGCGAGUGAGCGAAGCGCAGCGGUUUGCACGCAUUGAAAUGAAGGAGAGCUCUGAGAAGAGGAAGCGGCCGAGUGCAGCACAGGAAGUGGAUGAAGAUGGCGAGCAGUCGAGCGGCGUGAGGAAGAAGGUGAAGGGCGGUGGGUUCAGACGGCCCUCCAGACGCGGACGCUGACCCUCCCACUGACGCCUUCUGACCUUCCUCUUUUCAUUGUAAUAAACUCUGUUGCUGUUUUCCCUCA